UGGUGUAGCGAAGUGUGGCGUAUGCUAGUGCAAAAAUAAUGGCGACUGCCUGUUUCAUCGGAUGAUCGCAGCUGAGCCUGAACUUGUGCAAAAAAAAAAGGAAAGAGGAAAAUACUAGCUCUGGGAGAUUUGAGAUUGCUAGGAUUGAUGAUAUCAGACGGAUAUGUGAUAACAUGUGGUGAUUAUCAUAAUUUAUAUGCUGACUUUCAAAACAAGGUCCAGGAGGACAAAAAGAAGCUGAGCUGUGCAGUGUUUGAGUUUGACUUGUCUUGAGUUUUGUGCUUGUCUCGACUCGGGAUCAGACGCCGGAUUGAACGAGAAUGGCGCAGUGCUCGCAAAGUGCCAGGGAGUUUAUUCAAAACACUUUUGGACCAACUGUGGCAGUUGCAUGCAGUCAUGAUGCAGAAGUUCUUGCACAAAAGAACAAUUUAUCUUUUGUGGAAAUGGUCAGGCCAUUUUGCAGACUAACUUCAGAAGCUCACAUUAGAGACCCAGCUGGUCAACCUCACUCUAUUCAUAACCUAAGAUUGAUUGUCAAUGAGAUGAACACACAGCCUCCAUCAGCUGGUAUUCAUCGUAAACUCUGUCAUGAUGCUGUGCAGAAUUCACAAGUCCCCACUACCGAAGGGAGAGCAAACGUCUUGACAGUAGGUUCCUAUGACCUGCAAAUUAGUGCCUCCACUCCAUGGUAUGAAGCUUAUAGAGAAAGUGUUUUGCAGAACAUGGCAACUUGUGACCAUGAAUUCAUCAGACAUUUUGUGGCUUGUAUGCUUGUAGUAUCAACUGGUCAUGCAGAUCCUAUGGAUCAGUUUGUCAAGUUAUCUCAAGAGCAGCAUCAUCUUCAACACACAUCAUCAGCUCCACAUCCUAAGUGGCUCUGUCCUAAUAUAUUCAAAUACUAUGUCCUGCUUCAUGAUAACUCAGAAGGAGAAGAGGAGAAAGCUGAUGCAAUCUAUCAGAGCAUGAAGUCUACCUACGGCAGUCAUGCAUGCCAUCUUCUAAGGAUCAAUUCUAGAGCAAUGACUACUGUAGAUCCAUCAGUGACUGCUGAACAGAACUCAAUGCCUGAUCCGUGGAGUCAGUAUCUAAAUAAAGUCAACCAACAGGAACCUGUUGAAGUAGAUGCGGUACCGGCCAGUGAUCCAGCCAUGUUUCCAGAUCAGGUCUCAGAGGGUACUGCUAAUGACAAUGUCAAUAUGGUACUCACACCAAAUAGUUCAGAAGAUGGUCCUAAUGACCCAUCCCCAGAGGACAUUGUCAUGGUCCAAGUUGAUACCUCGCCUUCAAAUGAGGUAAUCUCCCAUCCUUUAGCAGAUGUCAAAGCCCCAUCAGACACCCUGACAACCACCCAGACAGACCCAUUGACACCAACCCAGUCAGACCCCCUCACAGACAUCAGGACAGAUCCUAUCAUCACCAGCAACGCUAAUGGGAGUAACUCUAUCCCGUCCAAGACUGCAAGUCAGGUAGCCAAUGCUGUGAAGGUCACCGGAGGGGGCUCCUCUACCACCCAUGGGGCUCACCUAACGUUGAGUGAUCACGAUAGAUUGAGGAUAUUCAUCCAUGAAUUUGUGGUGAGGGGCCUGCUACCCUACAUAGAAAGGAUGAUUCGUACACUUACAGAACAGCUUGCAUCGAGGAAAGGUAUCCAACGAUCAUUAUUCAAUGUAACCAAGAAGCUAUUCAUGGGUAACAAGCAAAAUGAGAAGGUCCUAUCAGCACCUGUUACAGACUCCUCACCAAAGUAUCUAAGGGAAUCACCAGAGAUUCAGAUGAGACGACGAGCAGACCUGGCUUUCAUGGUUCAGAUGUAUGAGAUGGCUUAUACCUCCUACCAUACAGCUAAAGGGGAUUUUGGUAAUGAUCAAGCUUGGAUGCAUUAUGCAGGAUCAUUGGAGUUUGCAGCUAUAUCUGCUUUCAUGUUGGGCCACAUACAGAAGUCUUAUCCCAGUCAUUACAUGGAGAAUGCAGUCACUACUUAUCUCACAUCAUGCAAGCAACCCCAAUUAGCAACGAGAGCUGUGUUAAUGGGAACCGAGAUCCAGAAAGCAAGGCGAAUGUUUUCUGAGGCAGCUCUUGAAUUCAUCCGACUCACAGGAGAGGAUUCUGAUUUGAGAAGUGCUCUAUUCCUAGAGCAAGCUGCUCAUUGUUUCAUCAACUCAUCUCGUCCUAUGGUUCGCAAGUAUGCAUUUCACAUGAUCUUAGCUGGACACAGAUACAGUAAAGCAGGCCAGAGGAAGCAUGCUCUGAGGUCAUACUGCCAAGCUCUGCAAGUCUACAAAGGCAAGGGUUGGGCAUUAGCUGAGGACCAUAUCAACCUGACUGUUGGACGUCAAUCCUUCAAUCUUAAGCAGCUGGAGAAUGCUACUGCAGCAUUCAAACAUCUAUUAACCAAGGAUAGCAGACAACCUGCUGUUCAACAGGUUGCUUUCCUCAAAGAAUAUCUGUGUAUCUACAAGCAACUGUUAACAAUGCAAUCCCAGGAUGGUCAGUGUGUGAUGCCAUUACCUCAGCUUCCUCUUCCAUUCAUUAAGAAAUCAGCCACAAGGAUUCUUCUUGCCUCUCCUAAAAGACCUCAGUACACAGAUUCAAGACUAGCAGCAACAUCGGUGACCUUUGGUCGUAUCUUUGACCGAGCUGAGAUGGAGGACUGGUGCAAUAUGGAGGAGGCAGUUGCCACGGUAGCGAAUAAACAGAAGUCUCUUCCGUCUUGGUUUCAGUACCACCCUCAGUUGCUUCAUAGCGGUACAGACAACUCAACAAGCCCUCUGGGUAUAGUAGGAGAACCGAUGACAAUUGAACUAGUCUUAGAGAACCCACUCAAGGUACCUAUCAUCCUCACCAACAUCACCCUACUCUGGAAAUUUCUACCUGUGAACUACGAGGGCGGUAAUCAAGAGAAUCCAGAGCAGCAAUCGUCAGUUUUGUCAAAUGAAGCUGACGUAAGAGAUGAUGGAGUUGGAAGUGUAGAAAAUGUAGUAAAGGUUGAAAGCAUUCCAGAAGUUGUUUUAGCAGCAAAUGACUACAAGCUGCUUUACUUAGGCCUGACACCACUCCAGACAGGAGAGCUUCAUAUAACAGGUGUAGCAUACAGCCUAUCAGCCCAACCUUCCACCAAUCAGAUCACAGAACCGUCAACCAAUCAAGAGGUCAUUGAUGGCAGGUCAGGGGUCAAGAGACCAGUCUCGUUAGGGUCAAGUGUGGCACAGGUCCAAGGCAUGCAGGAUCUUGACAUCCAAGGACCGAGGUUGAAUGUGACCAAAGCUGAGAGAUGUGGUGUGGUGUAUGGACCUGAUAGGAGACUAGAUCCAGUUAUAGCUCCUCCCAUGCCACUGCUAGAGGUUACAUUUUCUUCAAUGCCAACAAACCUAAUGUGUGGAGAGAUCAGUCAGAUCAAUGUAGAGAUCUCUAACAAGGGAACAUGCCCACUUCACAAACUACAUACCAUCUCGGACAGACCCGAAAUCUUCUCAUUCGGAGGACACUCCCAUGGAUUCCCUUCAAACUCUUCUUCCAGCCAAUCACUGACCAGCAGCAGUAGUAACUCUAGUAGCCUCAGCCAAUCAGGAGGCCGGACUGUUCCAUUGUUAGAUUCGGGGGAGUGUGUGAUUCAUGAGAUUGAAGCGGGCCAGUGCAAUGUGAAUAAUGUGACUGAAAUUGUCUUGCCAGAGGGGAGGCUCGUUCCGGAUGCCUCGUUAUCAGUGCCAUUGUGGAUCAGGGGUCCAGAUGAAAGUGGUCUUCAUGAUGUUAGGAUGUUGUUCUACUAUGAAACCACUGAGGAAAAUACUAAGAUUAGGCAUAGAACAUUACAGCACACAACCACUAUACAGACGAGUAACUCAGUAUCACUAUCAGCUAGAGCAGAUAGAGCUCAGUCUGUUGAUAGUAGGAGAGAGGAGGAUACCAAUAGUCUCAACCUCAUCGUCUCACUCACAAUAGAAAACAUGAACCAAGUGCAUGAUUCCAGCAUUACAGAGAUCAGCUUACAACAUGUGACAGGGGUCAGCCACAGAUGGUAUCUUUCUCCUUUAGUCACGCCAGAUGCAGGUCAGUUCACAUCGAGAAUAACAUGUCAUGCAGGUGACAGGGAUGGUAUACAAGUAAUGAAUGUGUACAAGUGCAAUGGACAGAAUACUUCAUGAGGUGAAAGAUGAAAU